GGUCGUGGCCGGAAUCCGAACGCGUGGAAGUGAGAGAGGUGAAUUGUGUUAUUCUCUUAUUUCGACUCGUUUUUUUGACCUUCCCGGCGUGACAGGCGAGGCUUAGAGGACAGUGGGGAGGCGUGGGGCUGAGGAAGGCCCUGUAGGAAGCCAAGAAGAGAGACGGAGCGCAGAAUGAGAAGAAUUAAGGGGUGAGGAAGUGAAGGACAAGAGCAGGGUUUAAGUAACGUUGAGUGUCCCACAAGUCACUCCACCACACACACACCAUGGCAGUGUUCCCAGACAGUGCCCAAAAUGUCAAGACUUCUCAGGGCAGCACAGAAAAGCAGCCAGUUUAAGAGAGUAACAUGGAUGGUUUUAGUUCCUGGAGAGCCUGUUGUGUUGAGGGUGGUGUCAGAUGGAGGCAAUGACACGCACCGACUCUCCUCACCCUACAACACUUGUGGAUGUGUCUGUGCAGCUGCAGGAGGAAAGUACAUGUAGGACUUGAUACGUGGCUCUGUGGGAAAUAACUGUGGACUGGAAAACAAACAAACAGAACUACAAUGAAAUGGAAAAGGUGCAGGAGCCAAGACGUGGUGAGACGAUGGACAUUAACGAGGUCAUCAAGAGAGCCAAGAGGGUGCUGGACGGCUACAUCUCGUACCGCAAGCUGGUGUUAGCUGUGCUGGUGCUGCUGGUGAUACUGCUGUACUGCGGACCCUCGAUCUUCAGGUUGGUGCUGCACACUCGGCCCACAGGACUUGGCGAGGAUGCUGCCAGCAGGAGUUUGGCCAUGCGUCUGGACAGGUUCUGGCAGGCUGCACAGGACCAGGACGUGCACAUCAUGCACUUGCCCACCCGCCUGCCGGAGGAGCAGUCAUACCUCCCUUAUGUGGGGAACGGAGUGCUGGGCGUCACCCUCGACCACGACAGUCCAAUCUACAUCAGGAGUGGCCGAACGCUGUCUCUUCCUGUGCACUUCCGCCCUAUUGCCCUUGUUUCCCUUGAUGGCCAGGAGUCGCACGAGGCCCUAGUGACAGAGUACAGGAGUGGCAUCGUGCACCGGCUACAAUCAUGGAAGCAGCCUGGCGGUGCAGCCCUGGAUGUGAUGUACCAGACCUAUGCCCAUCGCUCCCUGCCCUCUCUACUGCUGCAGGAUAUCAAGGUGGUGAAUCCCAGCGACCAAGACACCCUGGUGGAGGUGGAGCAGAUGGGGCUCGGCGACUGGCCCUCCGCUACCACCAGCACCAUCAAAUUAGUGCAUGGGGAGGGUGAGCACCAGUACACCUUGGUGACUGGCGCAGUGGAUGUGCCCAAGACAAACAAGGUCAUCGCAGUGGCCAUUGUGACCCUUCGUGUGCCCUCCAGCCUCCAGGUUAAGUCUCGGAUGUCCACCACCCUGCAUCUGGUGACCUCGGUUAAUUACACAGAUCCCAUUCCCAGCAAGACGUAUUUGGCUUACAAGGAGCAGGUCGUCCAGAAUGCUGUUGCGGUACUCAAGAGUGCAGUGACGGGAAACAUAAGACGCAUGAGGGAGGACCACUCGAAGGUCUGGCAGGAGCUGUGGUCAUCUGGUUUCAGCAUCAGUCACUCCAAGGCCGAGAACGCUCUUAAUGGGGACCUUAUCAAUGCCACUAUUUACCAUGUUCUCUCCCAGGCCCCAGCACCACUGUACCAGGUGUCCACUAGUGAGGAGCAACGAAACUCCAUCAUGAGGGACAUAGCAUAUGCCGAGGGCUGCUAUGGAGGACACCAGACCCUACAAGCGGAGAAGCUGUGGUCAACGCUGAACACCAUCGAGGACGUCAACACAGUGGUGGGCCUUUGGAUGGUGACACUGGAAAAACAGGGGUGCCAUCAGCUGGUGAGGGCUGGAGCGAAUGGCAUCAUGCAGGCAAUGAUUCUAAGCUUUGGUGGUUUGCGCUUCAAGAACCAGCACCUGGAGUUCACCACACACCCGAGGGACCUGCACAGGGACUACUACUUCAGGCGUGUGAGCUACGGUAACGCCACACACCUCAACCUGUCUGUGGUGGUGCAAGAGGAGGAUUACAAGGCUGUUAUCCACGCCGCCCUUGACCGCUCAGACCGCAACUACUAUGCCUGUGACGCUGGUUGCCUCGACCCACCUGUGGAGCUCAAGCCAGAGCGACAGACCUUCCCGGUGAAGCUGACCCACCCCCUCACGGCUCUCCUAUACAUCACGUCAGACCGCGCACACAUGGAGGAGCUAAAGGAUACCAUUCAUGUACGCGAGAUUGCCUUAGCGCCAGCCCACGAACACCACGUUAUUGCAAUGCAUCGACAUGGGCAUAAGUGGGGAGGCCUGCCCACCAUCUUCUGGCUCACCAUCAUUGCCCUCAUUGUCAUCUUCCACCUGUUCCUUAUCAAGCUGGUCAUCAAUGAGUACUGUGGUGGUGGUGACAUUAAGAUGAGAUACAGAAAACUGUCUGACUUCUAGCAGUCCCAGAAGGGGCGCUGAGCCUCCCUACAGCCCCCCAAUGUCUGCACCCAACCUGGAGCCUGCACCACAUCCCCCCCAAGGCCUCCACUGUCGCUAGCUCAAAGUAUGCAAGAGAGGGGAUGAAGAAGAUGACCCUCUCCUCCCUCACGCCCCAUGCCAGGACCUGCCAGCCCAGCGUGCCAAGCAGCGCCAGAGCAGUCUGUGGCUUGUGCAGUGUUGAGUCAGAGCUGUUGUGUUUGUCUGCUGAUGUUUUUGAGCACUGCGUUUCUGCCAGGCUGAUGCAAGUGACACCAAGCCUUCCCACGCUGCCAGCCUCAUCCUCGCUCCCCUGCAAUGCCCUGCUGUGUGGUGGAGUGCUGUGGGCUCUGUAGGAAGAGGAGGAGGAGUGGGAAGAAGUAGAGGAGGGGGGAAUAUGGGUCUUGGGAGUCUGUGUGUCCAUUUAUGGUAUUCUUAAAUUGUUGGCUGUGUUAACAUUCUUCCUUCUUUGUAUAUUUCUCCCCUUCUUUCACUUCAUCUUGCUCUUCCAUCCCCACACAGGCGAGGCAUCUAAUGACAAGACUCCCCGAUCCCCCCAGCCUGUAAACACACACUGAUGCAAUCCACAGUGAUUCCAAAGCUCAUGUUGUUGAUUUUAUAUGCUGUUGUAUUUGUUGCUUGUGUGAGUCACUGGCAAGGGACUUCCUGCACCUGGGCCUGGGUCCUGGGCUGUGGUGCAAGGUGAGGAGGAAGCCAACCAGAAGUGUAACAGCAGGCAUUACGAUGCUUGUGACUAAGGGAUGAAGUGACUUAAAUGAUUCCUGGGUCAUGAAGCACAAGAGAGUGAGGAAGCUUUGUGGAAGCGUAAAAUUGCAAAUAUUCUCAAGUGAAGAUAAAUGAAAAACCACUGUUGUUGAUUGGGGAAGUUGAUUUUAGUAUGAAAUUUCAAGCAUUCUCAGUUUGGAGCAUUCUCAAGUGAAAAAUUAAUGAAAGGAAGCAUCAUUCUUGCUGAUAAUAUUGACUGACCAGUUUGAUUGUGGAAACCAAACAAAAGUAUAAGAUUUGUAACAUACGUCAGUGAAAGAGCAUAAAACUUUACUGGUGUACGUGUGUGUGUGUGUGUGUGUGUGUGUGUGUGUGUGUGUGUGUGGUGAACCUGUAAGCUGGCCAUCCCUUACAGACACCCUUGCAGCACACUCUUAGAAACACCUAAAGUGCAGCAGGGUGAUGUGUGACCCGAAACAGUGUACAUAGUGACUGGAGGGGGUCGCUCUGGGGCAGUUGCGGCUGUUGAUGUAAAUAUGCUGAACUAUUUAUUGUUGAGGAAUGUUUGGUCGAUGCGAUUCACCCUCGUGGUUUUGGUUUUCUUCCUUUCGUUCGUGUAGAAAUUAUGCCGCUGGAAAUAUUGCCAAGUUUAGAAAGAGUGUUAGUGUAGAAACUCAGUAGCAGUAGUGGUAGUAGAGGUGAGGGAAGAGGGCUAUAGGCUGUGGACAGAAAUAACUUAACUACAUACACCCCAUUAUGGUAACUUUCCCUACGAACAUUCAACCAGUAAGAUUUUCCUUAAACUAUUUCAACCUCAUGAUAAAUUAAGUUAGGGUGGGAGGGGAAACUGCUUCACGGAAAUUAUCAUGGGUGAGGUUUUCAUGAGGGAUCUUCGUGGGUGGAAAUUACAUGGGAGUGGACAGUGGGUGGAGGGAUGUGGGAGUGACUUGGAGCAUUCCCAAAGUGGCUCUGGUCUUUUUAAAUACUUCAGUGGUGGUUGCUUUGAUUUCCACCACUACAGAGGGAAAGGAGACUGGCUUAAAUGCACCGUGACAGCAGGAUCAUGUGGCCGGGAGGGGGGGGAGGGGAGGGAAGGGAGUACAGGACACAGGGAAGGGUUGGGAUAAAUAGGAUGAAAGAUGAUCUGUCUGUCAUCCAGGUGUGUGUGUGUGUGUGUGUGUGUGUGUGACGAGUGGUGUGUGUGGGAAUUCAUUGCGUUUUCUUUCCUGGUGAGUGUGUGGUUUGGUGGAGCUUUUGUACCUACUUAGAGGGGAGAGAGAAGUAGAUGAGUAUAUUAUAUUUUAUCUCAAAUUCUGACUGCUGCAUUUCUCGAGUGGCUCUCUGCAGCCUUGGACGUGGCCAGCUGUGUGACUUGUAUUCAGACGAGGUGCUGUUGGGAAAACUCUAACCUGCUCUAGCCCUGAUUGAGGAAAAUGCAAAGCUGUACGUGUGUGUGUGUGCAUGUAUGUGUCAGUUCCGUGGUGUCACAAUAGUUCACGAGUUUUCAUUUUUUUUCCUGCAUUUGUUACAGUAGGUUAGAGUUUUACCAAUAUCACAAGCACUAAUCAAGAGUUGCCUAGGAUGACACACACAUGCAUUUCUUGAGAACCUGCACUAUACAGUCUUGGGUAUGUUGUGAGGGCAGGGCAGGGCAGUGUGUGAGCUGAGAAACACUUCACUGACACAUCUACUGACUUGUUUGUUGAAGUCUUUGAAGUAACACCUCUAAAUCUUCACAUACUGGUCUGGAUUCCCUCACCGUGUAUUUUCAAUGUUUGUGUGAGUGUACUGGUGGACUGAGAAAGAAAUUAUAUCGUACGUUGUUUGGUGUGACGAGUUGUGUGCCAUUUCAUAAAUCUUCACGAGACGGCACUGCAUAGCACAUCACACAAUCCCUUUUAUGCAAGAAAUAGUCUGAGGUGAAGCCUAACACUGCUUUCAUAUAUUCAUGGGUUUGUUUUGUGAUAACUUUUGUACUUUUCUUACUUCUUUUUAUCCAUCAUACAACAAAGAAGAGUUAGAAAGGAGACCUGCCACUGAACUUGUAUUCUCUAUGGAUCUAUUGUGUCUCACUUUCCUGUUUUAUUUAGUCAGGUGAAUGCAGGAGUCAAAAUAAGAACUGCUUGAUAAUGUAGUGCUGUUAUUUCAGUGGGUUUGUUUCUGCCUGGCUCACCUUUUAUGCAUCAGAUUUGUGAGUGAGUGAGUGAGACACAAGACGCAUGCAGAGGGUCCUCGAGUUACAAAGGAGUUCCGUUUGUACGCCAUGUAAACCGAUUUUUUGCAUAGGUCUGUCUGAACCAGCCUGAGUAAGCACCUGCAGUUUGUCCCUCACUUGUACUAAUACUGUAGUGCUGUAAAGUCGUCACCAAGGACAUGAAAACAUAAUUACUGUACCUGUAUAAAAAAAAACGAGGACAUACAGUGAAUAAAAAUAAUGAAACAGAUCGGUACCAAAAAAUUAGCUAGCAUUAACUGAGGACUCUCUGUACAGCUAGGCAGAAAUCACUUUGUUUGUAUAUGUGGAGACUUACCAAUGACUGCAACAGAGAGGGAGAGCAUUGUAAGAGAAAGCAUGUGUAGAGAAUGUUUUUAUACUUGGUAAUGCUGUGUACUAAGCUCAUCGAACAGGGAGGACGUCUUGGGCCUGUUCUCAUUUUUUUACUGAGCAAGGGAAGGAUGGGUAGGGAGUUAGUGGAGGCUGACUAAGGGAAAGGGGGAGGCAGAGCUUGACAACUUACACAUGGAGGGAGGAAAUAGAUGAAGUUAGGAAGAAAUGCAGGAAUAGGAAAGUAACAGAGAAGGGAACUGAGGAAGAUAGUAAGAAAAUAGAAGGGUUAGGGAAUAGAGGAAGAUAAUUUAUGGAGGAAAGCAAGGAUGGGGAAGCAAGAGAGGACGGAAAUUGAUGGGAAAGUAACUGAGGAGGUGAUAGGUGGGUAAUCACUACUAGAGGGGUUGAAGGAAGGAAAAGUGAAGGGUUUUGAAGGAAUGGCAGGGGCAGUAAGAGAGGAUAAGUUAAGAAUAAGUAAAUGAUUAGAAAUGGAAAAUAAAUAGUAAAGAAAGGAGAAGUGUAGGGCAAGGAAGAUAAAAUUAUACAAAUUGGGAUGAAAAGAAGGGUAAGACGAAAAGUUAAGGGUAAUGAAAAAAAAGGCAGAAAAAGUAAAACGAUAAAAAAAUAAAUAAAAGAUUAGAGAAGAAAAUAGGUUAUAGAAGGAAAGGUGACGAGUUGGGUAAGAAUGGGUACGUUAUUGUUUAGUGAGGGGGAGGGAGAGAAAGGGAGGGUGUGGGGAAGACGAGGAGAGAAGGAAGGGGUUUAAGGAACGGGGAGAAAGAGAGAAAAGGAAGGAUGAGUGAGAAGAGACAGAGAAGGAAGAAUGAGGGAAGAAAAGCGAGAGGAAGGGAUUAAGAAAGAGAGAAAGCAAGGGUAGGAAUAGGUGGGAGAUUUGGAAGUGUGCGCGUCUUCAUGAGGUCGAGUCAUCAUCACCAGUGUUGUGCCUUUCAUUCCAAUGUACAUUUUCAUCUGUAAAUAUAGCGAAACGGUGA